AUGUGUAUCAUGAGGACUUAUGAAACGCGUGGCCGCACUGUCAUCGAGCCACCUCCACGACGCGGAAACUUCACUUCACACCCGCCAGCCGGUGUCAUGCGCUUGCCACGUGAAUGGCGCCGUACAGAGAGUAUCAGUGACGAUGGUCGCUACGUUGAGUACAGGAGAUCACGGUCACGACCUCGAGUCAUCGAGUACUAUGAGGAGCCACGUCGCAGCACCACUCGCGCAAGGAGCGUGUCGAGGCGCCGCGUGACAGAUGUUGAGCGCAGGACGCCCAGAACAAGCUAUAUAGACCCACGCGACAGCUACGUCGACGAACGCAUUACCAGGAGAAGUGUCAGCCGGGUCAGGCACUAA